UAAAAUAAUUAAAAUUCUAUAAAUCUAUCAUUUCAACAGUUUUACUUAUAAGUUUUAUUCGAAUACGUCAAUUUAUCAAACCAAUAAUGUAUUUCUUCUUUUUCACUAUGAUGUAUCUAGCGAGUAGUUUAUUAAACGCAUUUCUUUUCCCUGUUCCACCAUUCAAAGAGAACUCAAAAUUGAAUGAUAUAUUUGAGAAUCAAUUAAAACGUAUUUUUCAAAAUAAUAAACGCCAUGAUGAAGGUAUCGACUUUGUUCGAUUUAAAAACCUUUUGCUUAAUUAUAAACUUUUACACGUGUAUAAUGAUAAUGAAAUUGAACGUUUAUUCACCAAUGAAGUUGAAAACAAAUUAAUGAACGAGCAACAAUUUUUAAAUCAAGCUAUAAAUGUUGUAAAAAGAAUUGAGACUCUAAUAGAAAAUUUGUAUAAUACAUCUCUCAUCCAUGAUAAGAUGACUAUAACAGAAUUAAAAAUAGCUUUAUUCAGGGCUAAUUAUUCUAUCUCGGAUGCUAGAGCUAUUCAAUUAAUAAAUAUUGAAAGGGCAAACGCACAAGAUAUCAGCGCUAUAGCAUUCAGAAAUAUAUUCGCAAAAUUAUAUGUCCAUAGUAUUCAUAGUAUUCGGGAAAAUCAAGAGAUAACAUCAUUAAAGGAAUCAUUUCCAUUAUAUAGAUCAUUAGAUCCCAGGUGAAGCUGAGAAGAAUAGAAGCUCCAUCCUUAUGCGUUCACGCUUAAUUCAAGUACUAAAUGUUAAUUAAUAAAAUAAAAUGCACCGAAUAUACUAUACUUACAAAAAUGAAAAAUAUGAUAGUUUUAACAUUUUCUCCUGAUAUUAAUCUAAAAUAAAAUGUAAAAAUAAAUUAAAUAACUUCACUUAAUUGUAAUUAACUAUGAUUGAUGAUAAAUAAACGCAUACAAUAUUUUCUUUAAUUAA